CUGGACAUUCUUUUCCACUCGUUGUAGUGUUAUGGUACUGAUGCACAUAAACCACUUGUUCGUACCACUCACUGGCACUGCAGUAAACCGGUUUGUACAUGUAGUAGCCAGGUAGCACUGCCAGUGGCUAGUUUUACUUGGAGCCUUUUACUUUUUAUAAGCCUGUUUCUCCAUGAUUGUUGUACCAUAACUAUACUUUCUUUACAAAGUUUAAAUUUGAGUAGUGCCUCUGUUGUCUGUUUGUUUGGUGGACUUCUUUGCAACUCCUGCUCGAGUGUUGUGUUUGGAAGAGGAUGUUGUUUUCUACAGCUCCACACAAAUAGAGAGUUGAAUGAACUGUACACUUUUCUUGGUAAUGCACUUACUUGUCAAUUGGAUGACGCAGCACAGUAUGAGCUUUUACUCAACUACUUGAGACUGUACCCUGUACACACACAACAAGGAGGCUCAUAUGCAACUCAUUGCCAUACCUUCUCUUCAAAAUUCAACUGUACGACAAGUCUCACCAUUCUAAAAUCUAACACUAGAAAAAAGCUACAGAUUUUACCACAUUGGCUUUGCCUGAGCAUGGUCGAUUGUGCCAACUUUAGCAACUACAUCGGUGGAAAACUGCUGGAAAACUUGUGUAACUCAGAGAAACAAAGAAUCUUCAAACAUUUGGUGAGGAGGAGCAAGUGUUAACUUGGUUGUGAUAUUAACUGAAACCGUUUGCCAACUUGCAGUUAUCGUCUAGCUCUGAACUAUUUGGAUUGGUGCUAUGUUGUGAUUUGGCAUGGAGUCGGCUGUACCUCAGAUAGUGGUUACUUUAAAUAAUGUGGUGAAGGGAGAAUCCAAGGUGUCCAGCAACGAUGAACUGGACGAACCCCACGAGGGCUCACUCUCCGCAUCCCAGCCUGCUCUGGAUAGACACAAGAGACGUAGCCUCUGGAAGAGCUUCAAGAAGAAAACCAACCCGAUGCGUCGAUGGCAUUCAUUCCGUAGCAACAAGGAACGUAGAGCGUCCGAUGAGGUUGGGGGGUCAUGUCUUUAUUUCAGCCAAUCAGAACUCUCGCAGGACUCAGACUCGGGCGGAGAGUACCUGACGCUCCCAAGAGGAGCACAUUUGAACACGAGAAACGGUUGUCACAGCGAGACAGACUUGACAACGAUUCCAAACGGGGGAUUGAAAAAGAACAACAAGAAAAAGAAGAAGAGUCUUUCAUUUGAAGAUCAGAAACUUCAUCGGACGAAAGUAGAGAGUUCCGAGGAAAAACCUAGAAACACAACAGAAAUACAUGUACAAGAACUGCAGGACUCGCCGUCAGCUCUCCGCCAGAAACUUCUGGAUAUAAAGCAAUCCCGUGAGCCCCCAGACACGGUCGACUCUCAAGACUCGACCCUCUCCAGCGAUGCCCUGACAAGCCCAACCAGAAUCUCUGUGGAUGAGGGGUACGUCCCCAACGGCCAUGACAGGCUAGAUUCCUCCUCAUCAUUCAAUAUUAACUCCAAUAGCUCGGCAGCGAUAGAUGGGAAGAUGCCUAAGAUGGAGCGUCUCGGUGAUGACCUGGCCGUCUUACCGGUCGGGGAAGUUGCUAAGUCCUGGCAGACACUUGCUCAGCAGUAUACAUUCUUCCAGUUGGAUGUGCAUUUGAAGGAAGGAUGUGAUCUAGCCAUCAGAGACAGAAGUGGUACGAGCGACCCUUAUGUCAAGUUCCGCAUUGGAGGCAAGACAGCCUACAAGAGCCACAUCAUCUACAAGAAUCUGAACCCAAAGUGGGAUGAGAAGUUUACCAUGGCCAUUGAAGACAUCAAUAAACCGUUGGAGAUCUUUGUUGUGGAUCGAGACAGGGGUUUCAUCUCAGAUGACCCCAUGGGGUCGGUCCGACUUGACCUCAUGUCACUGGAGCCUGAAACUCUGAAUGAGAAGAAACUAGAGUUGAAGGAGUCGGGCAGCGUUGAGUUUCUUGGUCACAUCUUUGUCGACUUCCUCAUCUCACCCAUCAAGAGAGUUGAAGAUAAAGAAAUGAUCAGGGCGACCACGUUAUCGAAGCGACGGAAAAGCGAGAAUAUCUCAGGGACGCGGAAAGUCAAAUCUCAACUUUGGAACAGCAUCAUCACGAUCACGUUACUGGAGGGCAAGAACCUGAUUCCCAUGGAUGAUAAUGGGCUAAGUGACCCUUACGUCAAAUUCAAGAUCAAUAAUGAGAAGUACAAAAGCAAGACGGAGAAGGGGACGUUAAAUCCAAAAUGGAUGGAGCAGUUUGACCUAAGAUUGUUUGAAGAUCAGAGCAAUGUCUUAGAGAUCUCUGUGUGGGAUAAAGACGUAGGUUCACGAGAUGACAUCAUGGGAAGGUCUCAGAUUGAUCUAUCUGCAUUGAAGAGGGAAGAAACUCACCACUGUGAUGUAGAGUUGGAGGAUGGGGCUGGAACUCUCUUUCUUCUUCUAACCAUUACCGGAACGGCUGGAGCAGAAGGCAUCACUGACCUGGCCAACUACAAGAAUGACCCCAAUACAGUCCGCAUGCUCCUUCGACAAUAUGGAAUCAUCAACAGUUUUAAGGAUCUGAAGGAUGUAGGAUGGCUCCAAGUCAAAGUUAUAAAAGCACAAGGAUUGGCAUCGGCUGAUUUGGGAGGUAAAAGUGACCCUUUUUGUGUUCUGGAGUUGGUCAACAGCAGAUUGCAGACGCACACAUUAUACAAGACACUCAAUCCGGAAUGGGGCAAAGUGUUUACAUUUAAUGUUAAAGACAUCCACUCAGUACUAGAGGUGACCAUUUUUGAUGAAGACAAACAUGGAAGCCCAGAGUUCCUCGGCAAAGUGGAAAUACCAAUCCUUAAGGUGAAAAACGGAGAGAGGAAAUACUAUGCCUUGAAAGACAAGAAGUUGAGACAACGAGCAAAAGGUGCUAUUCUCCUGGAGAUGGAUUUUGUCUUUAAUAGCAUAAAAGCCGCUAUCAGAACGGUGAAUCCAAGAGAGCCCAAAUAUCUGGAGCAGGAUCAGAAGUUUAAAGUCUCUGUUCUGCAGUAUAAUUUAUCCAGAGUGACGAGGCUUGUUGGCGUCAUCCUUGAUACCACUAAGUUCAUAAAUAGCUGCUUCCAGUGGGAACAUAAGCCACGCAGUGCCAGCGCAUUUGCUGCAUACCUGGUAAUCGUGUGGAACUUUGAGUUAUACAUGGUCCCCAUAGCUGUCCUCCUACUCUUCAUGUGGAAGUAUGUAGAAGUCUGCAUCACGGACAAGUUCUCCAAACCAGUUGAGGAAGACGAAUACGCUGAGAGCGAUGAUGAGGAAGAUGACAAAGACGAUAAGAAGAAGAAGAAACGUAAGGAAGGAGGCAAGAGCAGUUUUAAGGACAAGCUUCAUACGAUAGAGAAAGUUUGUACGACGAUUCAGAAUACACUGGAUGAUGUAGCUUGCCUUGGGGAAAGAGUCAAAAACACCUUCAACUUCACAGUUCCGUGGCUGUCAUAUUUAGCGUGCAUAGCUUUGUUAAUAAUUGCUAUAGUGUUGUAUCUCAUUCCACUAAGAUACCUGUUGUUAGCGUGGGGUAUCAAUAAGUUUACGAAGAAGUUGAGAAAGCCUCAUGCGAUUCCAAACAAUGAACUCAUGGACUUCCUGUCUAGAAUUCCAUCGGACAAUGAGAUUAAACAGUACCAAGAGCUGAGGCCAGAGAACCUGAGAUCGGAAUCUCCCAAGAAGCGAAGAUGACGACCAGGGUUACUAUGGUUACAGCAGCAUCUCGGACACAAAUUCACUGAGAAGAAGAUACCAUGGGAAUCGGUAACAAACAAGAUAUUUCUUCUGACGUUGUGGAAACAUCUUUCUGCGUCUUAGCAGUGACAUGAAUGUUGCCUCUUGGAUCUCUCUACAUGGUUGCUUACAGUGUUCUUUAAGCUAAUUUUUUCUCUGAUUUUGGGAUUCUUUUUUUCACUUGGACAACCAACCACACGUGUGUGUGGGGUUUUUUCUAUGAAAAUUAAAUGGCAGCCAACUCAAAUUGCUGUGAUGGUUAUCAAUAUUUUUUGUUGAUGAAUAUCCAUUAUUAAUGACAUCUUAACUAUAUCUAGUUUGAGGCAUUGCAUGGUGAGGUAUCUUAACUUACAGUUUUUUUUAUAUAAUUAUUGGUAACGGUCAAGUGUUUGGCUUUUUCCGGUAUAUGAAUUCUCCUCAAAGAAAUAUUAUAUGGCAAAUGUUUAUCUGUUGGGCUAAAGUUUAAGAGGACUUUUCAAAAAUAUUUGGAUAUCAUGAAAUAUAUGUCUAUUAUGUGCCUGUAUGAAUAAUGGGGGAAUCACCCCUGCAGCUUUUUCUCAUUGCUGUGAUAAUAAUAAAGUCAAGCAAUUUCAGUCAGCAAUUUUUGCAUUUCUUAGCACAUUUGACAUGCGACCAGUUUGACCUGAGAGUUUGAAAGAAAAUUAAAACUUACAAUCAUAGAUGUUUUAGUUGACAUCGAGUUCGAAAGAAAAAACCCCAAAUACAACUACAACUUCAUCUUUAAUAUCUCUGCCGUUGAUUUCACCAAACUAUUCCUAACUUAGGAUUGAUCUUAGGACUUA